AGAGCAUAAAAACUUUCUGCUUAUUUUAAUAGGUAACUUUUGUUCACUGCUGUUCUGAAAGCCCUUUUUAAUUUUCCUAUGUUGCAAUGUCCUAAAAUCGAGUAGUGCUUUGCUGACAGAAAUAAAUAAUAAUUUUUUUAAAAAAAUCCUUACUAUUUUUUACAGAGCUGUUGAGGAUUUGCACUAUUAUGUACCUGGGAACAGAGCAGGAAUGGUAAUAAACAACACUGUUAAAUUGACUUUGUGCUAAAUAUUAAGUUCUCCAACAAAAUAGCAUUUUGCUAUGGGUUUGUAUGAGUAAGUCACUGCCUGAGCUACCACUCACUUAAUUGCUGACGUUUCAAACUGAUUUUGAGGAAAACCCUUUCCAUUAAAGUCCUCUUUAAAUGUCACUCUGUGUUUUCAGUCGGGACUGCCGUAACACGCAGCAUUUGCAGCCUCAGACAUUGAGACUCCAGAACAAAGGCGCACAAUAAGUAUAUCUGAAGUGACACGAAAUAUGAGGUGAACACUCGCUUUGCUUCACAGGAGUUCAUUUCGUUGAUUUUUAGCAGCUGUAGAACCGCGGGCAUUCGCUGACAGCCACGCCGAGCCCACAAACCCCGUGAGCCCCAUCGUCUGAGUUGCCGGGAAUCCUCUGAGGCUCCUACUCCGGAUUAUUCCCCCUCAGUUGAAAGCGCGCAGAAUCCCUGGGGCUCGGCGCGCCAGGUCUCUGUCUGAGGCUGCCGGGCCCUCUCUCCCGCCUCCCGCUUCCAGGCGGGAUGGGAUGGGAUGGGAUGGACGGCGCCUCGCCCUCCCCGCCGCGGAACGUUUAGAGGCCGGAACCUGCCGCCCGCCUGGCGGGGAAGAGGCGGGGGAAGAGAAAAGAGCGGACGCGGCGCCGCCGCCAUUGCACAGGUUCCGCUCCGGCCGCCAUUCCCGGCCUGUCCCGGCCAUGUACCGGCCGGGAUUCCGCGCGCCGACACCUCCCUACGCGGGCGGCGGCUUCCGGAGCCCUCCCUCCGGCGGAGGGCCCCUGCCGCCCUCUCCGCGGGGCUACGGGAGCCCCCACCACACGCCGCCCUACGGCCACCGGCCCGGGCCCUACGGCAGCGGCCUCUCGCCCCGAGGCCCCGGGUUCCACGGGCGCUUCGGGAGCCCCUCGCCCGGGGCGCAGACCCCGCGCAGGCCGCAGAGCGUCAGUCCCCGGUACCCGGCUCCGUACGGCGGCGCGUCCCCGGCCGGAGCGCCUCUGCACCCGCCGCCGCAGCACAAGCGCUCGCCCGGCGGCUUCCAGAGGCACUUCCAGGGAUCACCCAGGACAUCUACUCCAUUUGGUACAACGCAUGGCAGAGAGAAAAGAGUGUCUAAUGAUGUGGAAAACUAUUACAGACCUUCAAUGCUUGAGGACCCAUGGGCUGGCCUAGAGCCAGUUUCUGUUACAGACAUAAACCAGCAAUACAGCAGUGAGCAAACAACAUGUACUGGUAAAAAAGGGAGGUAUUUCAGCUAACACUUUUAAAGGCCAAAUAACUCCAUCUUGUCAGGAAAACUUUGGGACAGAAUCCUUACACUUACACAUGAUGAACAAUAAUCAAGACCUUAGAUAAUACUUUUACUUCAUCACAUGUCCACCCUUUUAUCCUACCUUUUUUUAUUGCAUUGGAUAUUUUUAUGUAUGGGAGGCAAAAGGAGUGGUAGGAAAACUUAUAUUUCUGGUUAUGUGGAAGUGCCUACCAGCUCUGAAGAACAAAGUGUUCUUUAAUCACCAGCGACUGAUUUGUGACUGUUAAAACAAGUUUCCAUAUACUUACCUCUCCCAUGCCAGAUUGUUUGCCUUUUAUUGUGAAGUCUCUUAGGGAGUGGUAUUUUUUUAUGUUUCAACAAUUUUAGAAUGAAAUAACUUGGAAGUAAAAUAAAGUUUUGUAAAUCCUUGUUUUGUAAUGUAUAAAGAAUAUUUUAGGAGCUUUGUUAAGGUGUACACGUUAACACAGUAGUUCACAACACUGAAAUUAGGUGACUUCUGUAAAUGUGCUUGUAUGCUGUAGUUAACAUCUGGUUUUGUGCAUAGUAAUUGUUGUUAAUUGCAGUGUAAUGUGAAGUUGAAACAUGACUUACAGCCAUCUCAGGAAACAAAUGUAUUGGUUGGUUUUGGAAAGUUUAAUUUGUUGAACAAACUCUUGAGUCACAAACUCAAUUCUGGAAUUGCUUGUUUUUAUGUUUAAAAAAAUAUCUAUUUGGAUCAAUAUUAGAAAUUCCUGGAUUAUAGUAACAAGUCUGUUCAGUGACAGUUUAGGUCUAAAGGAUGCAAAACAUCAAGCUUACAUAAAUGCAAAUGUUCUUUCUGGAUCCACCUGCUAGGAUAGUACAGAAUAAAUAACAGUUUUUGUUACACAGUUGACAUUAGUACAUGCAUAGCAUCUUUUUUUAAUCUGUUUUAUAUUUUUCAAUUAUUUUUUAUUAUUACUUUCAGCAGGCAUCAUUGCCAGGAGGAUUGUUUUAUUUGUUAUAUGCUAUAUUUUUAUACUGAAGAGGAAAGCAACGAGUUGGGGUUUUUUUUAGAGCUUGUCUUUAUGUGGAAGAUCCAUGCUUAAAUACAGGAGUGAAUAUCAUAAUCUAGAAUAAAAAAGAAAUAGUUCCAGCUGCAGGCAUGUUCUUAACUUGCCAUGUUAAGCCUGCAGUAGUUAGAUACAUUUUUGUUGAACAUACCACUAUUUGUUUGUUGAUCUUGGCUUUUAAGUCAAGGUACAGUGUAAAAACUUGCUUAAAUAAAACCAUUAGUUUGGUUUUCAAAAUACAUGUGUUCUUUUAAGCUUCUUAUAUACUCAAAACAUAUUUUUGUAGUCCUGAGGCAUGAUUAGGUAGAAAAGCACAGGAAAUCCCAUUAAACUGUUCUUAGUAAAUUGUCUUUUGCCAAGGUAGAAUAGUCCUUGGUACUCUUUAUCUGUUUCAGCAUAAGAUGUUAGGUUAACACUGCCUUCAAGAAAAAUUUCAAACUGUAAGGGGGGGUUAAUGUGUUGAAAUAUGCUGAGCUUGUACUAUUAGGACCACAAUCUAAAGUAUGUCACUUCUGUCAUCCCCCAGUUGGCCCUGAGCUAGUAUUAUAUCCAGAAAGGCUGCCUCGAGAGCUGAGAACAUAAUGCCUGCUGGAUAUCAACAAUGGUUAAAUCUUCAUCCCAGAAGAAAAGUGGUGCCUUAAAUGGCAGCUAUCAGUAUUGUUAUCUAUAAUAGGUACCAGUGAAACUGAAAUGACUUGACAAGUUGUAGUCUUUAGAAUUUAUACAUAAGUUAAUCAAUGUCAUUGUGAAAAUUGAAGUGUAAAGUUUUCUUUCUUUUCUUUUUUUUGAAAACCUUGUGCUGUAAAGCUCACAGAAAAAAAAAGUUGUAGUGUGCUUAACCAAGUGCACUUAACCAACUGUUUUGUUGCUGUUUCCCAUGUAAUUGAAUUGCAGUUUUUGUUUUGCAACAUUUGGUGAUCUUGUAGAAACAAAAAUUACUCUGUUUAAGAGAGUUAAGCCAUGAUGUGUUCUCAGAUAUGAGAAGAGUCUGGGUUUGGAAGGGAGAAAGGAAAGGCAAGGGAUUCUUGAGAGAAAGGAGACCGUUAGAGGUGGGACUUCAUACACAGUAACCAGCAUGAGCUACCUUUGCACAUUGCAAAGGUGGAUUUUUCCACUUUGGCAACAUUGCAGUUGACCCAGGCAUCAAAGCCAGACUCCUCUGAUAAUAACUCUUAACUCCUGGAACUAGGUAUCAGACAUCAGUGAAGGUAAAUGUUCCAGAAAGAGAACUGAGGAAAUAAUCUUGAAGCGCUGUUUAAUCCAUGCACACCUUCCACAAUGCCAUCUGUUAAACUGCUGCUUCAGUGCACAUCAUGAUAUGACUCAACAAUUUUAAGUACAUCAUACUGCUAAAGACUACAGUCAUUUGGUCAAGCAUCAGCACCAAAAAAUUAAAAAGGAUUCACCUUUCUGGCUUCUGGCAGAAAUUCUGUAAUUACAGUAAAAUUUAAAUAUGUCAUUGUUGAAGACCUGUAAAAUGCAUGAACACAUGUUCAGAACUAUAAAUAUAAUGUACUUAAAGCAAAUUGAAGCUUUGCCUUUCUUGCCAUGAUAUCCAGGAAGCUUAAGGACAUACCUCCUCUCCAGUUUUUUUUCCUUUUUACCAUUUGGCAAACAUCUGAUGGAGAGAGGAUAUAUCACUUCCUCAUUUGUUAAUGAAGCCACUUCAUAGUACCAGUAUGAUUCUGGAAAUAGCAUUUGAUGAUAAAAUGUAAAGCACAAAAUACAUCUUCUCUUCAUGAGCCCAUGAAACAAAAUAGUGCUUAUGUCUUGUUAAUGAAGGGAUUCUUCUGUAAUGAACACACUGAGUAUAUGGACAUUGCUCUUUCUUCAACAGACUUCUUGGAUUUCAAGGUAAGUUAGCUUCUUUUUCAGAAGUUUGGGUUCACACACUUUUCCAUUCUGUUUUGUUUGCCUUGUGUUUUGACGUUCUCUUCAGUUGUUAUAAAGUGUAACUCGUAACUAACUCUUCCAGCAAAAAUUUAAUUCGCUUCUUGCUGUUUGCUCCUGUGUUUAAGAGUGAACUGCAUCACUACUACAUUAACAGUAACAAGAACUUAAAUCAGCUGAGAACAUGUGUAAUGCAGCAACACACUGGGUAGGUAGUUACCUCAAGAUGUGCACUAUAUCAUAGUUCAAACUUCAGGUUAGGGUUUUCUUUCCAGCUUUAUAAUAUGGAA